ACACCUUUUGCUAAAGCGUUAUAGUUAUCAGAUAUCUUUUCAUCCUGGUUGCAUUGAGCUCUAAACUCAAAAGACAACAAUGAGGAGAACAGCAGUGUUUGUGCUCCUGCUUCUAAACAUGAAUCUGCAGGUAAAUGCUGCUGAUAAGACAACGACAUCUCCAGCACAAACCUCCAGGACAGAGAAGAAGGUGAAGACGGAAGAUGGAACCAGUGGCACCGAGCCUCCAGUCAACACUGCUUCUCCAGCUUUCCUGGGUAACCUGCUGGUGGUACCGACGGACGGGAGCCACUGGGUGGGAAUAAAAGCUAUAGCUGAAGAAAUGGGGCGACGUGGACACAAGGUCACAGUGGUCAUACCAGAAAUUAGUCUAAAGUUAGGACCAGGGAAACACUUUGACACUGUAACCUUCCCUGUUCCUUACAACAAGAGUUUUAUCGACUCUGUAAUGUCCACAUAUAAAAACAAAAUGGUAAAAUCUGCACAGCUCAAGGCUCGACUCUUACAAUUACAUCAGAUAGUUCUACCUUUCAUCCGCGUCACUGCAGAGAGUCUACUGUUUAAUGCCAGUCUCAUCUCACAUCUGGAACAGCAGGGUUUUGAUGCCCUAUUGACUGACCCCAUUGUACCUACAGGCACAUUAGUAGCUCGGAAACUGGGUCUUCCUACUGUAAAUUUACUCCGGACCAUUCCAUGUUUAAUGGACAUGAGGUCUGCAGGCUGCCCCUCCCCACCUUCAUUUGUGCCCCGAGUGUUUACCAGCUACACAGAUAAAAUGAACUUCAAACAGAGACUUUUCAAUACAGUGAUGUCUUUUCUGGAGCCGCUGCUGUGUCGACUGAUCUACGGGCCCUUUGACACCAUGGCUCACCAGUUCCUGGGAGAAGACAUCAGCGUAGCUCAAAUACUGUCUGACACUGAUAUCUGGAUGCUGAGAUCUGACUUCACACUAGAUUUUCCACGUCCUUUGAUGCCAAACUUUGUUUUGGUUGGUGGCAUAAACUGCGAAGUGAGAAAUCCUCUGCGUGAGGACCUGGAGUCCUGGGUGUCAGGAGAACAUGGGUUUGUGGUGUUCACACUUGGCACCAUGGUGUCAGAUAUGCCAGAGGAGAUAACUUCUGUCUUCCUAGAGGCCUUUAGGCAGAUUCCACAGAAGGUCAUAUGGAGAUACACUGGGGACGUUCCUCACAAUGUCCCAGAAAAUGUGAAGAUAAUGAAAUGGAUCCCUCAAAAUGACCUGCUAGCACAUCCUGGAGCUCGGGCCUUCAUCACUCAUGCUGGCUCACAUGGUCUGUUUGAGGGAAUAUGUCAUGCUGUUCCCAUGGUGAUGUUACCUAUUCAAUGGGACCAAUCAGACAACGCACACAAGUUGGCCAGCAGGGGUGCAGGACUGGUCCUAGACAUUUAUUCUAUCUCUACAGACGACCUCCUGUUGGGAUUGGAUGAGGUCAUCAAUACCACCAGAUAUAAAGAGAACAUCCAGAAGCUUUCCAUUCUUCAUAAAGACAGACCAGUUGACCCACUCGACCUUUCAGUUUACUGGACAGAGUUUGUGAUGCGACACAAAGGAGCCAAACAUCUCAAAGCUGCUGUUGCUGACCUCAACUGGUUCCAGUACUUCUGCCUGGAUGUUAUAGCUGUGCUGGCUUCUGUAGUGCUGGUUUCUGUUGUCCUGACAGUAAAAUGCUUCAAACUAUGUCUGAGGAGAGUGAGAGGGAAGAGAAAACUAGAAUAAGGUCAAAUAUAAUUCUUCACGGAACAACAUGGAAAACAGAAAAUAAAACAUUUAAUUAAAAAAGUUGU